GUAUUUCCGUAUUCAAACCAGCCGCCCCUAAAUUACUUGAUCGGUCCACUCAGAAGUCGUGUUGAAUAACACGCACAGUGAACACUUGAUAGCCUGCUAGAAGUUGAUUGGAAUAAAAGGGAAAACAUUUUAAAAAAAGUCAUGUUUCAAUGUCUCUAGGAAGUGCCACGAACGCCUCUACAGGUUGCUAAACUCGUUUUACGGUAAAUCGGAAGUGACAUCAAUCUGUGUAUGUGGGUGUUUUCCGCAUAUCAGAGUCGAAGUGAGUUCCCCCAGCAGCCUUUACACAUCUGGACAUUUUCCCGGAGCAGGAGCGGUUCACGUCUUUUGGCAAGACGGUAGUUUAUGCGGACAUCUGUCCAUUUCGGGACAACGUGUGAGUACGGAGUUCUGAGGAUCAUAAACGACUUAAUGUUGGUUGUUAGAUAGCCAGGAGUGAACUACCAAAGGACCAGGGGGAUCAAAUCCAGUCAACAUGGCAGUCUUCAAGCCUGAAAAUGUGGAGGACUUCUAUGAGAUUGGGGACGUUCUGGGAAGUGGGCACUUUGGUCAGGUUCGACAAGUUCGUGAGCAGACCACUGGGACUUGUUGGGCAGGCAAGUUCCUGAAGAUAAGAAAGAUGGCCGGCAGCCGUCUGGGCGUGGACAGAAGCAGUGUGGAGCAUGAGGUGGAGAUCCUCCAGGCUCUUCACCAUCCAAACAUUGUGAUCCUCAAAGAUGUUUUUGAGAGCCGGGCAGAAGUGGUGCUCAUUCUGGAGCUGGUUAGUGGAGGGGAGUUGUUUGACUUCAUUGCUGAGAAGGAGAACCUGUUGGAGAGUGAGGCAAUUGAGUUCAUGAAGCAGAUCUUGGAGGGAUUGGGAUUCAUGCACAGCAAGAAAAUUGCCCACUUUGACCUCAAGCCAGAAAACAUCAUGCUGUCAAACAAAGUAUCACCAGACCCUAACAUCAAACUAAUAGACUUUGGCUUGGCUCACCGUUUUCAACAAAGCAAGGAGUACAGGAGCACAAGUGGCACCCCACAGUACAUUGCUCCUGAGGUGAUAAACAAUGAACCUCUCGGCAUGGCAGCAGAUAUGUGGAGCAUCGGAGUUAUUACCUACAUACUAUUAAGCGGUUUGUCACCAUUCCAAAGUGAUACUGAUGAAGGUACUCUGAAGAAUAUCAUUGCCAUGAAGUAUGAGUUCUUUUCACAAUAUUUCAGCACGACCAGCUCCAUAGCCAAAGACUUUAUCCAGAAACUCUUGAUAAAAAAUCCAAAUGAUAGAAUGACAGCUGAGGAGUGUCUGCUUCAUCCAUGGAUCAAGCCCAUCACACGUAAACAGGUGGCCAAUAGGAAUCGAUCUUCAAUCAAUAUGAAAAACUUCAAAAAGUUCAAUGCUAAAAGGAAGUGGAAGAUGUCCUAUAACAUUGUACUAAUGUGUAACCGGCUCAUCCAGCUUAAACUGCUGUGUAAGGGCAGCUCGGAUCCAGAUCCACGACAGCGGUUCGAGCAAAGACGAGACCCAGAAGAUCAAGGACUGAGGAAACGGGGCAAUAACCCGCAGUGGUCGCCACCCAUGACCUAAGUAAAACACUCCCCUUCCCGAGCUAUUUUAUUACCGCACAGUGCCAUUAAAGAGCAAUCAAUUGUGUGGAUAAAGUGAAACUGGUUGAUAUCUACCGGGUGCAUUGGAGUGUCUGCCUCGUGAACUGAAGUGGGAGAUGAUUCCACAGGAGAGGAGCUUGAAAGCUGAAAGCUCUGGCUCCUACUCUAUUUUUAGAGACUUUAGGGACGACAAGUAAGCCUGAAUUCUGGGAGAACAGUGCUCUAGUGUGCUGAUAUGGUACUAUCAGCUCUUUGAGGUAUAAUGGUGCCAUAUUAUUAAGGGCCUUGAAUGUGAGGAGGAUCAUUUUAAAUUCUAUACUAGAUUUAACCGUAAGCCAGUGUAGUGACACAAAUACAGGAGAAAUGUGGUCUCUUUUCUUGGUUCUUGUCAGGACACGUGCUGCAGCAUUUUGGACAAGCUGCAGAGUCUUUAACGACUUACUGCUGAAGCCUGAUAAUAAAGAAUUACAAUAAUCAAGUCUAGAUAUAACAAAUGCUUGGACUUGUUUUUCUAUAUCUUUUUGAGAAAGGAUACAGAAUCCAUGUGCAAGCCCUGUGCCAGACUAUGAAUUAAAAAUCACGGAAUGCAGAACUUUGAAGUCAAAGGCUGGGCCCCAAGAUGCUAGCGAGGUCUGAUCAAUCUGUGGUGGGACUGCCUUAAAAGAGCGUGUCUUGGGAUUAAAACCCAAGAACACCUGAUGGCACUAAGGUACACAAUUGACAAUAUGUCCCGAACAUCCGCUUGUGGUUGAAAACAUUAGCCAACAUCAACUGGUGUUUGGCAUCUUAAUACCUUAUGUAUGUGUGCCAUGGCACACACAAACUUAAUUAUCUCUUUGUCUCUCUUGCACGGACUCCCAGACACACACACCGACAAAGCUGGCGUCUCUGACGCGCAACAGUUUAAAUGUCCAUUUGUUUGAAAUGACCAGCACAAUAUCAACAUUGAUCACCACAUAUUGAUAGAUGCUUUUCUUAAAUGAAUAAAAUCUUCAUGUCAUUCUUCAUAUCUACCUGCAUUCAUGCAUUAAUUUAGCUCGUCUUGGCGUUUAUGUUUUCUUCCUCUCGCACGUACGCAAUCACACACAAACAGUAUCAUCUAACACAUUGUUAACUCAGACUGGGUAAAUACCCCAAUGAACACUGUAAGUGGAUUACUUGAUCACUAUAGGAACAAUUUCAUCCAAAGUUUUUGAUCCAUACAAACGGUUUUCACUGCACUGCAAUACAAUUUUGGUCACAAUAAUCACAAAAACCUCUAAGAUGCUCGAGUGUAAGUACCGUAAACCUAACCCUAACCCUAUGAUAGAGUUAUAGGGCUCUUAAAAGGGGCAAGAAAUUCUGAGACUUUGAGAAUGAAGUCAUACUAUUUAUGAGAAUAAAGUCUUAAUAGAUGGGCGGAGAACAUCACCUCCACCAUCAAGAAGGCCAAGCAGAGGAUGUUCUUCAACAUGCCGCAGAAAGUGAUGGUUGAGUUCUACACAGCCAUCAUUGAGUCCAUCCUCACUGCAUCAGUUACCGUCUGGUUCGCUGCCUCCACUGCCAAGGACAAGGGCAGACUGCAGCGGAUCAUUCGGUCAGGCUCUCGUAGACCGAACAGGACCAGUAAGAGAGCAGGCAAGAUCAUUGCUGAUCCUUCCCACCCUGGUCACCACCUAUUUCAGAGACUCCCAUCCGGAAAAAUACUCCUCGCACAUAGUUUAUCCGAAGCAAUCACUGAUCCUCAGCACCGCACGUGCCCAUAACAUAUUGUUUCUUACUGUAUAUAUUGUUGUUACAUUACAUGUCAUUUAGCUGACGCUUUUGUCCAAAGCGACUUACAUUUUUAGUACACUCAACAUUUAUGAGGGGCCAUUUAGGGGUUCAGUGUCUUGCCAAGGACACUUCGGCAUGCAGAUGGGGAAGAUUGGGGAUUGAACCGGCAACAUUCUUGUUGGAGAAGCCCACUCUACCCCCUAGGCAACACCGCCCCUUGUUUAAUGUCCAAUUGUUGUUUUAUGUUUUAUGUACAGUGCACCAAGGCAAUUUCCUAUAUGUGCAAAUAUAUAUAAAAAUAAUUCUGAUAAUGAUUCCAAUAUUACAAAUUUAAGAAUAGAGUCAAUGUUGUAAGAAUAAAUUUGAGAGGUUUAAGUCUCUCCCCAUUUCAAGCUAACUGUCGAGUCAGUAAAGGCAAAAUGGCCUAAAAAAAGAAAACAAUUAGAUUGGUAAUCAAGAUUUGAAUCUGGAGUUUCAGCCUGCGUGGUGGUUAUUUGCUAAACUAAAUUAUCUUUUAUCUAUAAUAUAAAAUAUAUAGAGCUGUGAAAAAUAACGCGUUAUGAUUAAAUUACAGGAUUAAUUCGUUUUUUUUUUUUAACGCAUGCGCAGAAGGACCUUCCAAUUCCGCCGCCUCUGCACUAGUCGCCGCUCUAAUGCAGUCAGACGGCAGCUGCCAUUCAAACAAACAAACAACAUGGAUAAUUCUGAUGAACCUGAGGACCUUCUGGACGGGAAGAUCGUGUUCCAAAAAAACAAAGAUCGAACAUUCAGUAAAACCAAGGUGAUAUGCACACUCUGCGAGAAGACGUUAUCGUUUCACCGUAGCAAUACCCGCCUAACCACCGCAACGCGAAGCAUGUGUUGGUCGGCGAGGGGCGUUCAAGUGGAAUGCGCCAAACCAGACUCACUCGCCGGACACAUUGUGCAAAAGAAGCGGUCAGCUUUACUGUCAGAGAAUUUGAACAAGUUAGUUUGCCUCACCAACUGGCUAAAGACCGAGUAGCUAAGAGGGCCUUUAGAGGCAUUAGAUUGUAUCAUGGUGUGGUUAAUGGUUGUGUGACAAAAAAUAUAAAAAAUGUCAACCAUCCUAUGGCUAAGAAGCUCAAAUAAUUUCUGUUUAAUUUUUAAAAAAAAGUUUUAUUCAACCACACAAUGGCUAAGGAACCCUAAUUCUGUUUAGGAUGAAGAUUAUAUUAAUGUUCCAUAUGGAAAAGCAAUGAUAACUGCUGAAGAACUGCUGAGUUGCAGCACAAAAGAAAAGUUAAAUGUCAUAAAUCUUGUUUUCACAAAAAUAUUCCGAAAAAAUCGGUAAUGUGAUUAAUCAUGAUUAAUCCAUAGAAACCUGUCAUUAAUUUGAUUAAAAAUUUUAAUCAUUUCACAGCCCUAAAAAUAUAAUGUAUUUUUUUCUCAUUAUAUCACAUUAUUCUUGUAAUGUUACAACUUUAUUUUUGCCAACUUAAAAUAUUCACGAAAUAUCCUUUUUUUUAAAUUUUAAAUAUGGCCCCAAUACUCCUUCCUAUAUUACUGUUAUAAUUGUAAAAAAAAUAAAAAAUAAACAGCCAUGGAGAUUCGUUAACUGAAACAUUUAUUUUCUCUGUUUUUUAAUACUGGUACAGAACAGGGAAUAAAAUACUCUGAAUGACAGCAUUUAGUUGAUCAGAGAAGGAGCAAGGUCAGCAGAGACAUUGAAAAAGUAGUUUAAACAUUACAACAGGCACAUAUAAAUGUUGAGGAAUAAAACAACAUAAAUGAGACAAAAAGGUAGGGGUGGUGGGCAGACAUUGAAAGACUGACAACAAAAUUAGCCAAGAGAUGGCAUUCAGCAGUAAAAGGAUGAGUCUUUGAGCAAAACCUGGCAGAAUGGUAGAGCGUCAGGACUUUUAGCUGGAAACACAAGAAGGAAAAGGUGACCUUGAGGAUUAUGUCUCAACUAAUCAUGACUCAUAACACCUUUACAUCACACUGUAACAGCACAAGGACAUUUCUGAUCACCCCUUCUGCCUCUAAUUCACUGGAUGUACUGAUUUAGUUGAAAACUACAAUAUUUAGAUUUUUUUUUCUGUACAAAACAGAUCAGAUGCAUGAGUCCUGUUUUACUCUAGGUCUUUAGAUACAGCAGUUCAAUAAAGUCCAGUCAAUGAACUUUAA